AUGCCAGAGGCAGUACCCCAGACUGAAGAGGAAGGCCAAUAUCUCAUACACUGUCUCAUCUUCCAGAGCGUAGCUUCGUCAAGCACCAGUAUUCGCAAUUCUCUUCUUGACUACCGUCUCGAAAAUGGCAGGACCUACCACCGAUACAAAGACGGCAAAUACAAUCUUCCCAACGACGAGCGAGAAUUGGACAGGCUAGAUUUGCAGCAUCAUUUGUGGCUUCUUGCGCUCGACGAUAGACUUGGAGUUGCCCCGCCUUGCAGGGAAGGCACCAAAGUCGGUCGGGUGCUCGAUGUUGGAACUGGAUCUGGCAUUUGGGCCCUCAACUUUGCCGAUGAGCACCCUGAAGCUGAAGUGUAUGGCAUUGAUCUAUCGCCGACUCUUCCUGGCUACGUGCCCCCAAAUUGCAGAUUUGAAGUCGAUGAUGCUGAGGAAGAGUGGACAUGGUCCCGGCCAUUUUCCUACAUCCACAGCCGAGUUAUGACUUCCAGUAUCGGUGACUGGAAGCUGUAUCUUCAGCGUUGUUAUGACAAUCUGGAGCCUGGCGGAUGGAUUGAACUGCAGGAGUUCGAUCUCUAUCCGCGAUCAGACGAUGGAACUCUCACGCACGAGCACUCGCUGAUUAAGUGGUGUGACCUCCUUCUCGAGGCAUCAGAGAAGUUCGGUCGCCCCUAUGUUGAAGUCCCGCCAUUGAAGGAUCUUCUCACAGAGGUAGGCUUUGUGGACGUGUCGUUGGAUCUGUACAAGUGGCCCACCAACACUUGGCCCAAAGAUGAGAAGUAUAAAGAAAUCGGCUCCUGGCACGGCGAGAAUGUCUCUAGCGGUCUCGAGGGCUUCACGAUGGCGGCUUUGACGCGUGCCCUGGAUUGGUCGCGGGAUGAAGUCAACGUCUUCCUCAUUGAUGUACGCAACAACAUCAAGGAUAGAACCAUCCACGCAUGGUGGCCAGCGUAG